AUGUAUAUAUAUAUGCAUGUAAGUAUAUAUAUUAAUGGCAUUUGCUUGAUGUUUUGUUUUGUUUUUAAUCAAAGCACAUAUUAUUGGUAGUUUGCUAUGGAUAAAAUGAAUUGUCCACCAGAUUUCAGAUGCCCCAUUUCCAUGGAAAUCAUGAAGGAUCCGGUCACCAUCGUCACCGGAGUCUCUUACGAGCGGAAGAACAUCGAGAAAUGGUUCUUCGUCUACAACAAGAAGACAUGUCCGACCACCAUGCAAUGCGUCGAGAGCUUCGAUAUGACCCCAAAUCACACCCUCAAACGUCUCAUUCUUGCAUGGAAAGAAACACUCGUAGCCCCUUCGUCCACUUCAUCGUCUAUGCCGCAACCGUUGAUCAAGCACGACGAGAUGGUUUCCCUCUUCACCGCCCUCGAAUCAUCUCCUUUUAAAGUAAGUUCCAUGAAGAAAAUCCGAGCAAUAGUCGAGUUAGGUGACGAAACAAAGUCCGAUUUCAUUCGAUCCGGCGGGGUGGAGGCUGUUGUUGGAAUGCUAAUCAAUCAGUUCGACAAUUCCGAUUUCGUUAGCUUUCAAGCAUGCGAGGAAGCUUUAGGUAUCUUACACUUACUCCCGUUAUCGAAACAAGACGAAAAAUCAUUUCAGUUGAUAUCAAAGCCAGAUCCAAUGAGAUCAAUAGCGAUCAUCCUUCAACGAGGUAGCGCCGAAGCUCGAUUUUACGCCAUCACCAUCUUCCGAAAAAUAGCCAAAACCGGCUUUAAUUGGAACUCUUUAAUUGAAGAUCAAGGUAUCGACUUAUUCAAAUCCUUACUAGAACUAGUCUACGAUGGGAUAUGCAACAAAGCAAGUUCAUACGCACUCGAAAUACUUUUCGAAAUCCUAUCAUCAUCCAAGAAAAGCCGAUUAAAAGCCAUCGAAGCCGGCGCCAUUUGCAUCCUCAUCGAGCUUUUACCCGAUUCGAACCGAUCCAAAUCCGAGAAAAUGCUGCUUUUAAUAAAGCUAUUAUGCGAGUCACCAGAAGGAAGGAUGGCUAUGGUGGAUCAUAGUUUAGGGAUACCUGUAAUUUCAAAAACCCUAUUGCAAGUCUCAAAUUUAGCCACUAAACUUGGGGUUAAGAUCUUGUGGCAGGUAUGUAAUUUUCACCCAACGGAAAGGGUAUUGGAGGAAAUGUUGAUGCACGGAGCUGUGAAGAAGAUGGUGACAUUGUUGCAUUUAGAGGGACGAUUAUCGUCGACUAAAAAAAAGGUGUUGGAGAUGUUGAAGAUGCAUUGUAAUUCAUGGAAGCGACACCAAUGUUUCCCUUGUGAUUUGAAGGAUUAUUUGGGGGUAAAAUAGGAAAAAAAACAUUGAGAAAUGUUUGGUAUACAUCCUUGUUGAAUUUUUUUUUGUCUAUUACAGUUUGUUUUGAUUGAUGGUAUUUUUUAUUCUUUGAAUUAUAUAAGUAUUGUAUUUUUUUCUAUUACAA